GGCUCUCGGUGCGCGUGCACGGCCCGUCUCCUGGCGACGGUUGGGCUCCUCAGGUCGGGCGAGUGUAUCCCGUGAGCAUCCGUGGAAGAUUAAAAGGAUUUGAAAGCUACAUUCCAGAGAAAUUUGUGUAAUUUGUGUUACACAAAGCAAUGCUGAAAUUUCAGGAAACUGCUAAGCGUGUCACUGUUGCCAGAUUUAAUUCUGCGUGCUCAGAUGCUGUGAUUGCAAGAAGAUACACUAUUCAGAGGAAACUUGGCAAUGGGAGCUUUGGAAGUGUAUAUCUGGUUUCUGACAGAAAAGCAAAACAAGGAGAAGAAUUAAAGGUUCUAAAGGAAAUCUCUGUUGGAGACCUAAAGCCUAAUGAAACAGUUGAAGCAAAUCUGGAAGCACAACUACUCUCCAAAUUAGACCAUCCAGCCAUUGUCAAAUUUCAUGCAAGCUUUGUGGAGCGAGAUAGUUUCUGCAUUAUCACUGAAUACUGCGAGGGUGGAGAUCUAGACUUUAAAAUUCAAGAGUACAAAGAAUCUGGGAAGAUAUUCACUCAAAGACAAAUAAUAGACUGGUUUAUACAGUUGUUACUUGGAGUCAACUAUAUGCAUGAAAGGCGAAUACUUCACAGAGAUUUGAAAGCCAAGAAUAUAUUUUUGAAAACUAAUCUUCUUAAAAUUGGGGACUUUGGAGUUUCUCGUCUUUUGAUGGGUUCAUGUGAUCUGGCAACUACAUUUACUGGGACACCAUACUACAUGAGUCCAGAGGCACUGAAGCACCAGGGAUAUAACACAAAAUCCGACAUUUGGUCUCUGGGAUGCAUUUUGUAUGAGAUGUGCUGUAUGAACCAUGCAUUUACUGGACACAAUUUUUUGUCUGUUGUGUUAAAAAUUGUAGAAGGCAAUACACCUUCUCUUCCUGAUAGAUAUCCAAGCGAACUGAAUGCUGUGCUAUGCAGCAUGUUAAAUAAGAAUCCUUCAUUGAGACCAGCAGCAGCAGAGAUUCUAAAAAUCCCUUAUAUUGAUGAACAACUAAAGAAUAUGCAGUGCAAAUUCACAAACAUGCGGGUGAAAGACAAGGCACUUGACUGGCAGAAAGAAGCUGCUCCCCUUUUUGAUGCUGUUCAGAGGAAAGUUCAUUUACAAACUCUGCAGGAACUCUCUGAAGUACAGAAAAUGACACCACGGGAACGAAUGAGGCUGAGGAAGUUAAAUACUGCAGAUGAGAAAGCAAAGAAGUUGAAACAGCUGGCAGAAGAAAAAUAUCAAGAAAAUAUCAAAAGAAUGCAAGAAUUCAGGUCCCGUAAUUUUCAGCAGCUGAAUGUCAACGUCCUACAUGAAUCUGACGAGCAGACUUCAAAACCCCUAAUUCAUUCUCAGCCAGUGAUUACGUGCGACUAUGUGUCUACAGGACAUGAUGAACCAAGUGGAAAUGAGACAUCGAGUCAACUCCGCACGUCUGAACUUACAGACCAUGAGAUCCCUGAAGACCCAGAAAUUGCAGAAGAAUAUUACAAUGAUGAGUUUGAAUCCUGUUCAGAAGGCAGUGAAGAGGAGGAGGAUGUGGAAGCAUCACAGAUAGCCUCUAAGACAAAUCACCAGGACAGUGAUAUUGAGGCAAUGGUCAAGUGUUUGGAGAACUUCUUGAAUAACAGCUCAUUGGGCUCGGGGACAGUCACUGCAGUGUCUCCAGGGGCGCCCCAGGGAUUCAGAGCUCUCAACAGCACCAUGGCUGAGACCAAACUGAGACGCUUGAGGGAAUCUGCCAUUGGGAAGCUGGGGGCAGAGGUAUUUGAGGCUGUGUACAGCUAUCUCAAGCAAGCAAGACAGCAGAAUGCCAGUGAGGAGGAGAUCAGGAGAUGUCUGGAGAAACUGGUUUCUAGAGCAAGUGAUUGUUUUGAAGUGGACCAGCUUCUGUACUUUGAGGAGCAGCUACAGGCUUCAGAAGCACAUCUCCAGCUGUAAAACAUGCAUCAGUAAGAGGACUGGAAAUAGCAAGGAGGAGUGAAGGUGCUGAGCUGCCUUCUUCAGGCCAGUGGGCAAGUACAGCAGGUAUUUGGAGGAAACUACUCAAGGUAAUACAGUACGUAGCCAUGUGAGUAAAUUCCAUUUAAGAUUCCAGACCACAGUGAGAAGUUGGUAGAUACGGUACAGAUUACAGGGCCAGGAAGAACAACAAUUGUUUGUGAGAGUGAAGGGGAGGAGUCACUGUUACCAGCAUCCCUUUUUCACCACUUUGGGCAUAAAGAAAGUUGUUGUCCUUGGCCAGGCAUCAGUCCUGCACUCAGAGCAUCACUGGGAAAGCUACCUCUGAUGGAAAUGGUGCCAGAUUAGACUCCAGUUGCUGUUGAUUCCUAUGCUAUCUGGUCCUCAUGACAUUUAAGCCCUUAUUUUUUUUUACUUUGGCAGGUUUACCCUUACACAUACAUGUAUAUGUUUGGCUUCUCAGCCACUAAUUGGCUGUUAUUAUUCAAUGUUCAAAAGGACUGUAUUCAAUCUGUGUGACUUUCAAAGGAACUGUGGAAAUACAUGCCUGUGUGUAUAUUUUUAUAUACAUGUAUGCAUGCUCACAUACCCAGAAAUAGGUAUGUGUAUGCAUAGAGCCAGAAAGCUGUCUGGCCAUACACCAUACACGUGCGUGUACAGAGACAGGGCUGUCUCUAUGCAUAGAGAGAUCAUAGCUAUGAUUCUGUCUCAGGCCUGAGCUAUAGCUGACUGUUAGCUGGGAAUCCUUACUGGGACUUCUGAGACUUUUGGAUCAAAUUCAUUGUACACAGAUGCAACAAUAAACUGGGGGUUUUUUGCUUGCACAUGGUUACCGUUAAUGUUUUUUCUUAGUGUUCGUGCUCCCUUCUUCAUACGCAUCACACUUUUGCUGAUUUCAACUGCAUAUCAUGCUCUGAUUAUAUACCUGAUGUUUUCCUUCUACCUCUUCCUUCUUUAUUCUGCAUUCUGAGGUCCUUCACCCAUCUGUGUAAAACAUGAAAGGAUAACAAAGUGGUACAAUCUAUAGAGGAAUCUCAAAUGAAUUAUGGACCAAAUUAAUUUUAAGCAUCAAGUCAUUAUCAUAGUCCUUAUGUUUCUUGCUUUUGUGCCACAGCUCUUAGAGGAGUCAGGGACUGAAUUAAAUAAAUCAAAUUCAUAAUAUGAACGUAAAAAAACUUUGCUAUUUGACCUGAGAUGAGUUAUUUACAGCUAAGGAUCCUGGUAUUGAUAAUAAAUGAAGCAGUACUACUGAUCUGUCUUUGUGACAUGCUUGAAAGGUAAGGAGAGUCAUCUUAAUCUAUCUCAGCAGCAACACAAACUGAGGAAGCAAAGGACAUGCCCAGCUACAAAAGAUGUGGCAUUAUACUUCCAACUCAAAGUGGUAGAAGAAUCUGGCAUGUCUGAUUGCAGCUUGCAUUUGGAAUACAGAGUGUUGGAAGCUGGAGGCUAAAAUCCGCUCUGAUGUUCACUGAGGUAGGGAAACAUUUUUUUCUUCUGUGUGGUGGUUCAGAUCCCAUAGGUGGAGAGGCAGUUUGAAGCACAGAUUCUCAGUCAGGUUUUAGUCUCUUCCCCGUUAUUUCUUCUUGUACUUACACACCCAAUCCUUCUUAAUGUUGUGUCUGUGUACUUGCUUCUGUAUUUUUGCACAUGACUUCAUUUAAGACCAUUUAAAGACAGAAGUGCCGAAGUCUGAGAUAACGGAGGAGUUGUUGGAUGUUGCAGGGACUAAAAAUUUGACAAAGCAAACAAUGAAUAACUAACACAUGGUGAGAAUCAUGUCAGAGGGUGAUAAUCUUGACUACUGCACUUACUUCUGGCUGUGAUUCAGAGUAAUUUAUCACAAAAACUUCAUAAACAGCCUCUAUAACAAUCAACUUCCUUCUUAGUAAUGAGGAACACCUCAUCAGACUUUCUUCCUGAAGCAUGCAAGAAAAAUAGAGCUGCAUAGGAAUGGGUCAAGCUCUCUAAGGCAUUCAAACCCUAGGGAGAUCAUUAAACAGCAACCUUUAAAGCCUGGAAAACAUGGAUUAGCCAUACAGAUUACCCUCGGGGAAAUGGUUGCUCUCUGAGGAACUGUACUUUUGCUUGUUGCACAUGAAAAAGAAAUUCCAGUGCCUUCUACAGUUACUUCAGUUGCUUUCUUCUCUCUGCAGGAUAUGAACCUCAAGCCAUACAAGGGAGGUUACCACUUUUUCUGGUUAUAUGCUUUAAACUACGCUUUGGUUAUGUGUUUUCCAUCAAUCAUACCACAACUAGGCAAUGUGGUAUACAUGUUAAACUCAUCAGGAAACUUUUUGUCUUUGAACUGUAGUAAAAGCACAGAGAUAAAUCCCAUGGAUUUAACAGAAAUUCUUACAUCACUGUUUCUGUUGAGGGGUCACUUCAGAAAAGCGGUAGGUUGGAUUACGUGCCUUUCUCUCUACUUUCAUUUUCCAAUAAAACCCUACUUUUUUCAAAUCUCAUCCCUUCCAAAAUUCCCAGCAAAUUGUUAGGUUUGAAAUUGCAUCGUCCAGACCAGGACCAGGUCUUAUUUUAGAGACAAAGAGAUCUAUCCCCACCGGGACAUGAUAAAAUGCAAUGAAUUUGUCUUCUGUCAUUCUGCUUUCUGUACCCCAGGGGAGGAUACGCAUCAGGAGUUCAACUCCAUUUUGCAGCUUGUUAAAACCUCUUUCAUAGGUUCCAAAAAGCUGGCGUUUGUUUUGUUUUUACAGGUGUUUAAAGGUCUCCAGGUAUCCUCCUGCACUUCUGCAGCUGCACAGUAAGUAGCCUUCAGUGGGGAUUUUCUGUGCUGUCCCCAGACUUGCAGGGACAGGCAAGUGGGGAUAGAGAAGAAAGUUACGCGGUCUUUUUCCAGGCAGUUGCCAUUAUUUUUUUUGUUUUCCAGCAUAUAACAACUAAAUAUUCCCACCAUGUUGGUAUUAUCUUGAUAAUGUAUAGCCUACGCUGUUCUUAUUUUGUGUGAUAUUGUUAUCAUAAACCUUUGCUGCAUUAUGCAUGUGUGCACACUCACAAAUCUCCUCUCAGUUUUUCUCUUGGGGUCGCCACCAGCUAAAAAUUUUAAGAGCCUCCACUGAUCCUGACUAUUUCAAACUAAAUAGAUUACUGAAGAUUUUAUGAAACCGUAUAUAGGCACAUGAAUCACAACUCGUGACAGAGAACAGCUUAUGCCCCCUGGGGUAGAGGGGCUGCUGCCGUCGUGCCAGAGACACUGUCUCUGCUGAGCUCAGUGAAGCUGCGUUUGGUGCCGCGGUGUGAGUAUUGAAGGCAACUGUGUUUAUCAAGAUGCCACACUGAUAAUCUCUAUAUAUGGUUAUCAGAUUAAUUAUCUUUCUGUAAUCAAGUUUAGUAUAAAAAGAAAGUAGUAAAUUUUGAAUUAACAGAAAAGGUACGAUACCGAAUCCUUAGAGAUCAGUAAGUCUUUAGAAAUGCAAAAAUUCUGAAGAAAGCAGGAGAUGACAAAAGAGUCAUUGUAACAUAAAGUCCAUUAAGCAAUUGUUGAAUCCAGUCAGGCUAUUAACAGGCCUUACUCUUCCACAAACAUGUCGACCUACAGAGAGAAGUGCAGAGUCCUUUUCUAACCUAAUAAAGCCUUGAUGGAAGGAGAGGAACAGAGCAAAUUCAUUACGUUGUCUAUUAGACAAAUGGUAUGAAUUGCCAUAAAAGAAAAAAAAAUCUCAAAAGAUCAGAUCUUGUAUAACAUAAAUUUUAUUUUUCAGAUCUAUUCUGCUUGCUGAGGAAAAAGGACUUAAAAUGAAGAAAAGUCUGAGACCCUGUCUUUUAUAUAUGAAAUACAAGCAGGUUCAUUUCCAGCAAAAUCCCAGCGCUGGUGGUCAUUAGUAGAAAUCUAAAAGGAAAGAGGAGGAUUGUCAGUAUCAUGGAUCUUCAGCAAUAAAAUAGCAACAGAGCUGCUGGAAGUAAAUGUGAGGAAAUAAAUGUAAAGACAUUAGAUUGCUGUGGAUAAGGCUUCAUAAAAGGUCCCAUUUGACUUACAUAUUUGUACCGAAAACCUUCACAAGCAUCAGACAGACGUGCUGCUUUUUUAUUGACUCUCCUAAAAGUGCUAGAAGCUGUAUUAUUUGAUGCAGAGAUACUGCAAGCAGAGGAAGUGAGGGUUGAAAGGUGAGCAUCAAGCAAUACUUCACAGCAAGACAAAAAUACCAUUCCAGCUAAAGAGACUCCGCAAAGCAAAACAUCAGAGAGACAAGUCAGAAAAAGGACCAGGUUUUCAGCACCACAGAAGUUUCGGGCUGUCCAGGAAUGACUGCUUGGUCAAUGUAUUGUUUCCAAGAAUGAUGCGGAUGAGGACGUAUGAGGAAGCUGUUUCUGGGAAUGGGAUGCAUGAAGAGAGAUGCAGAAACUCCGGA